AAAUUCUGACCACGGACGAAGAUACAUGCUGUAAAAACUGACUGUACACGUUAUUGUCAAUGCCUCUUCGCCGAAUACCCGAAUACUGCCGCCAUCUUGGAUUUCGGCGCCAGCCAUGUAUGAGCUUAUAAGGUUGAGGGACAAUGGCUCCACCCCCUCAGAAAGACUCUGUGCCUCCUUCAGCCAAACACACCUGUAGGAUCUCACUCUCACCAUCAAACCUGAGCGAGCAGCACAAGAGAAGACCUGCUGGAGAACUGAGAGUGAUACGACACCAUGGCCUCCACCCUCUCUGUGCGCAGCUACUCGGUCCGUCAGCCCUCUUUCUCCAGCGUGUCAGUGAGGGACAGUGGGCGCAGCGUCCGCUCCAAACCCCAGGUCCCCAUUAGCACGUUGUCUCUGUCCCGUUCUGUCUCCAUGGGCAACGGCCUCAACAUGCUGGGCACCAGCCUCUCCCUUAACGGGCUCGGUAUGGGUGCCAGCGAGAAGGAGACCAUGCAGGGCCUGAAUGACCGGCUGGCAAACUACCUGGACAAGGUGCGCACCUUGGAGAGAUCCAAUGCUGAGCUGGAGGUGAAGAUCAAACAGCUGAUGAUGGAGAGGGCUCCUAAAGGACACGACAUAGAUGGGAUGAUGGCUCAGGCACACGCCAUCGGACAGGAGGUGAGGAGAAAGACGCUGGAGAAUGCCCGCAUAAUGCUGGAGAUCGAUAAUGCCAAACUGGCGGCCGAUGACUUCAGGGUCAAAUGGGAGGCAGAAGCCACCUUGUGCCAGUCUGUGGAGAGGGACUGUCAGGCUCUGAGGAGAGCAAAGUCUGACCACGACCAGAUCAUAGCCACCCUGCGAGGUGACCUGGACAGCCUGAAGGAGGAGCUCUACUUUUUGAAGAAGAAUCACGAUGAGGAAAUGAGUGCUCUGAGAGCGCGCCUAGCCAAUGAGCAGGUUAAUGUGGAGGUGGAUGCAGCUCAGGGUCCAGAUCUUGGGGCCAUCAUGGCUGAACUGAGGGUCCAGUAUGAGGGCAUCACUCGCAAAAACAAAGAGGAGGCUGAGGCCUGGUACCUUAAGAAGUUAGAGGCAGUGCAGUCAGAGGUGAAAGAAAGCAACGAGGCUCUGCGUUGUGCUCAAAGUGAACUCAGCGAGAGGCGACGUUUCUUGCAGGCUCUGGAGGUCGAACUGGACAGUCUCAGAAAGCAGGUCAGUGUGUUGGAAGGAAACCUGGGAGAAACGGGUCACAAGUAUUCUGUGGAGAUGGACCGUCUUCAGGCCACGCUGACUCAGCUGGAGGAUGAGCUGUCUCAGCUUCGUUUGGACAUGCAACGCAACAAGACUGACUAUGAACAGCUGCUGCGCAUCAAACAGAACCUGGAGAUGGAGAUCGCCACCUACAGGAGGCUGCUGGAGGGAGAGGAGAUGGUGAAAGAAACACCUCCACCUCCUAAAAAAGACCCUGAUGUAAGGACCAGGAAGAUUGUUAAAGUGGUUACCCAGACCAUGAUCAAUGGAAAGGUGGUUGAUGAAUCCAGUGAGGUGGAGCAGAUUGAGGAGCGCAAAAAAUGAGCCAAAGUGUGUAAAGAAAAGUGAUGUAUCUAAAACCCAAAGCGUCUGCUGUGCUUCAGGUCACAGCUUUUUUUUAAUCAUUUUUUCCUUAUUUUUUUGUUUUAUCAAAUUUGCCAAAAUAGAUGAGUAAUAGAGUUUAUCUGGAACUUUAGUUGGUCUUCUCUUGCAACAUGAAAAAUAUAUGUAUUCACAAAAAUGGAGGAACUCAUUUCAUAUUAGAUCAAACUGAUCUCGGUGUUUAAAUAGCCGGUCUUAUAAAACGUGUCCAAAGAAAUGCAUGAAGAUUGUCCUAGGAUUUCAUGAAACAUAGAAAUCUGAGGAAAAUAGAAGCUGAGCUCAAAAUCCAUUAAAGGAAUCUGCUCAAGAAUGUGCUUUUACCAUCAAUAGGAGGAGACAGAUGAGAAAUUUCAACACCACUUUUACUUGUAUGGUGAAAAUACCUUUACAGCUAUUUGCAAAUUAGCUUAUCUUAGCAUAGCAUAAAGUCUGGAAACAAAGGUAUAAAAGCAAGUCUUGUAGUUAGCAAGAUAAAUAAAAUCUACCAGUGCCUGUAAUGCUCAAAGCAAACAAUUUAUAUUUGGGUAAUCUAAUAAAUACAGAAGCCAAUGAAUUCCAAUUUCUAAGCUAAGCUAAUGAGCUUUUGUCUGCAGCCUGUUAUUUGUUGAAUGGAUAUGAUGAGUGAAUUUAAGUAUUUGUAAAACAAUUAAAUACAAUGUAAUUUUUUAAAAGACAGAGUAAUAUUUGCAGUUAUGAAUACAUGCAUGUUUAGAAAAUGUCUGGAUUUUUCAGUCAGUAUCUACUGUUAUUGCUGGAUAGUUUUUUUUAAAUAGUGAUAAAAGUAUUUCAUUGCCUUUUGUUAAAAUAAGAAAACAAAUCAACUCAACCAAAGCAGAUGUACAGUGUCAAUAAAAAAACUUUGUGUAAACUUG